AUGAGUGGCAGAAACGGUUACGGCAACGGAUACGGUUACUCCGACUCCAGCCGGUACGACCGCCCCGAUGGAGGAUACGGCAGCAGCAGCAGCAAUAGCAACCUGGGGGUAAACGGCUACGGAGGUGGAGGAGGACGAGACCGUCGCCCUGGUGGCUACGGUGGCUUCUAUCCGGAGGCUUCGCAGCAACCCCCAUUGCCCCCGUCUCAUUCUCCCGACCGACGCCGCGAUCGAUGGGAGCGGGAGCCCGAAUAUUCGUCCUCGUCGCGCUCCCGCACACGAGACCGAGAAGCUGAUCCCGAGAGGAAGUUGCAGACUUCGCGCGAUGGUCGAUCACAAGGAGAGGCUGGCUGGCUGGCCAACAGCAGUAGUAGCGGGGAGAGGGAGAGGGGCAGGGAUCGAGAUUUGAGCAAUUCAGUGGCAGGGGCCCAUGCUACUGACGGUGUCCUACAAUCAAUUCAUAGCGAAUGGGCAUUCGUGGCCUCCGAUGAUUGCGUACCGGCGCAAGUGGCAUUACAGCUGAUGGACACAAGCACGUUAGGGAAGUCCGAUCGCGAGCCGGACUUCCUGAACAUGCACGAUCAGAUUCAGCAGACUCUGAAGUCUGUUGUCAAUGAGCACCACCAGGGAUUCAACAGUUCCAUCGGUACUUAUCAUAAGAUUCAAUCGAGUAUACAAAGUUCACAGGGCCGGGUCCGGAAUCUGAAGAAUGCGCUGGAGCAGGCAAAAGGUGGGCUACUAUCGACCAAGCCCGAGCUGAAGGGCUUAGCGACAUCAUCCCAAAAGUACGACGACAUUAUCCAGCUUUUUAGCCAGAUCCAGGAAAUCCAGUCCCUCCCGGAGAAGUUAGAAUCGUUGAUAUCGGAUAAGCGGUUCCUUGCUGCGGUCGAAGUACUUCACAAUGCGUUUCGGCUACUCCGACGUUCGGAUUUGGACAAUAUCGGCGCUCUAGCGGACAUUCGGGCCUAUUUCACCAACCAGGAAAGCUCAAUUACCGACAUUCUGGUGGAAGAAUUACAUGACCAUCUGUAUCUCAAGUCUCCCUAUUGCUCGGGUCGAUGGAAGCAGCCUACAGCGGAGGGAGAAAAUAACGGUGGAACUCCGGCCAGUCUGACUGGAACUACUACCUGGGAGAGACCCGUGUAUGGGUUCCUUGCCAAGCUGGAUGCCACGACGCCUAUGAUCGAGGAUGCUUCGCGGAAUCCAGAAGCCGACACCUUUUACUACAUCCAGCUGCUGGUGGAAGCACUCAACAAGAUGGGUCAUCUGGAUAUAGCUGUCGACCGAAUUGAACAGCGGCUCCCGGUUGAGCUUUUCUCAGUAGUUGACAAAACGAAUGCUGAGAUUGAUGCGCGCUAUCCGAACCCGACUCGCGGUUUCGCAUCUCAAGACAACAAGGCCGCCUUGCCCACCGAGGUCAUCGAGAAACGUGGACACGUCUUAUCUGAAUACCUGUGGGCCCUAUAUGCCAAGUUUGAGGCCAUUGCCGAGGGUCACCGAGUUGUUCACGAUGUCAUUGCGGCCAUCGUGGAACGUGAGGGAAUUCCUAAAAGUAGCUCUCUCGUGGGUGGUUUCAAGGAGUUGUGGAAGCUCUAUCAGAGCGAGAUUCGAUCUAUCAUGCACGACUAUUUGGCCACAGACGGUGUGUCAUUGCGACAAGGAGCUGAAGAGUCCGAAGCCAGGCGCCAAUUCUAUUCAGGCAUCCGAGACAAGAACAAGAAAAUGUUUAAAUUGUCGGAGGCCGAUCGAACAACGGAAAUCCAAGCCGAGCAGGAUGAGCUGGACGAAAUUCUUCGAGCGUCGGUUCCUGGACUGGUGUCCAAAUCAAGACAGAAAUCCUCUGCAGAAAAUGCAUCCGACUCCAAGCAAGGAAACUCGGGCACCGGUCAUAAAAUUCUUCUAGAGCCGAGCGUGUUCAACAUGAGUCUCCUCCUUCCGCCCUCACUCUCCUUCAUCCAGCGGUUGAAAGAAAUCGUUCCUGUGGAGUCGGAUAUUGCUAUGAGCACGUUGACCUCAUUCUUGGACGACUUCCUUGUCAACGUUUUCCUUCCCCAGUUGGAAGAGACUGUGAACGAUCUAUGUACCCUCAGCUACAUUGCGCCAGACGCAUUCACUGAAGACUCUCACUGGUCGGCAGUUUCUCCACGGCCGCUGUUUAAGGGAACGGUCCAGUUCAUGUCUAUUAUUAAAGAGUUCAGUAAAAUGCUAUCAAGCAUCCCUCAUGACCAGGCAUUCUCCCAACUUCUUAUCUCUCAGAUUGUAAACUUCUACGACAAGUGCUGUGGUUGGUACAAAGCCAUCGUUACAAAGGUCAAUCAAGGAGCUCGACUCAAGGCGGCAGCUCUGUUUGCUGAUUCCGGUGAACUGCGCGACUUGGUUAGUGGCUUGUGGCAAGCGCAAAAUGACGAAAAGCCAGCACUCAUCGAUAAGGAAACGAGUAUCCUCCUCAAGCGCACAAACGAUGUACCAUUAGAACCGUACGAUAUUGUUUCCGACCCCAAGACAGUGGCCGCUCUGUCACUUCUGUACAAUAGCAUGCAAUGGCUUGCAAGUCAUCUCGGAAAAUUGCGUCAAAUUACUCAGCCUAGCCCAGAGUCGCAGAAGUCACAAACUGAGAGAGGCCCUGGGAACCGCCGGUGGACUUUGGUCAGUGCGAUGAAACCCAGGCGAGAUAGCGUCUCCCAACCUGUUUAUCUCCCUCUGAACAUCGAGACGGCGACUGCAUUCGAUACAACCCUUCAGUCUCUGCGGGAACUCUCUCUGACUGCUCUCUUUGCCCUGCAAAUUGACAUUCGGUGCGGUGUCAUUCACAUGCUGACCCGAACGAUGGCCGGGCCCAAUCCUCCCGGUACUCGCAACUCUGAACCAGUGACGCCUUCACCCAAUACCACGACCGACUGGUGGCAUAUUGUGAAGAACCAGCCAACGGCUGCAUCGCCCACAGUGCUUGAGCUAAACAACGAUCUGAUUGCGUUUGAUACCAAUAUCUCCACCUACUUGGGGUCCUCUGAGCGUUGGUUCAUCACAUCGGGUCUAGCCCGGUUCAUCGACCAAACCUUUGUGUCGAGAACUCCCCUUAUUGGUGCCAUGAAUGAGAACGGGGCUCUACGGCUGCAGCUAGAUGUUCUUGUCUUGCAGCAGAACUUGAAGAAUGUCAUCAUCGCGCCGACCGCCGACCUGGCGGAGAAUGGAAACGUCUCCGACCAAGAAUUGGCCGCCCAGGAAGAGAGUGUCGCGCUUCCGCGCAGUGCCAAGUUCCUUGACUGGUUCUUGGAAGGUGCCGAAAAGGCCCUUGACUAUGCCAAGGACGAAAAGGAGUACUUUGCGGCUAAGGGCGACAAAGCGUUGGCCGCAGGAAAUGGGGAACCUUUUACCUAUGAGGAACUCAAGGUCCUCAUCGAUCUCUCCUUCUCUGAUUACCUCCUAGGACCUAGGGGAGCAGAGAACCGGGAAGAUUUCAUGUUUGCGAAGAAAGCAAGCGCAGACGCACUUCUGCGAUUGAACGAAAUUAUGUGGGAUUCCAAAUAA